AUGAAUAUAUUAAAAGGUCAGGACAAAUUAUUUUUUUUUAAAAAUGUAAAGUUCUUUACUUUUUAUAAAAAAAACAAUGUACUUUUACAAAAUAAAUUAAGGUUGAAGGAUAACAAUAAACAUUUUUUACGUCUGUUAAGAGGAAGAAACUUUUUUAUUUCACGAAAAAAUGAAAACAAUGUAGGUAACAAUAUGAUAAAAGAGGAUGACAAUAGUCAAAAUGAAAAUAAAAACAUGGAAUUUAUUAAUGAUACUAUUAAAGAAGAAUGUGAAGAUAAAAAUAAUAUUAAAGACAAAAUACCAUAUGAAGAUGAAGAAGAAGAUGACGAUAAGUAUAUAAAAUCAUUUUAUGAAAUUUAUGAUGAUAACAAUGAUACAUAUGAUUGUCCUAAAGAACUUUUAAGGUUUAUUAAAAAGGAAUUUAUGAAUAUAAAAAUAAAAAUAAAAUGUUCAAGUCCAAGAAAUUUAAAAAAAAAUGAUGUAAAAAAUAUUAUUAAUGAUAUGUUUGAAGAAUCAGAAAAUAUUUUAAAUGAUAAUUUAACUGAAAAAAAAAAAAAUGAAGAAUCUAAUUAUGAUAUUUACUAUUUAAAUUCAAGUUUUAAAGAAUUCAAUUAUCCUGAUAAAAAUGUUAUGUGGCCAAAUCCUUUAAUAUAUAAUCAUCGUUUGCAACCUUUUGUAUUAAAAAAAAAAAAAAAUGAAUUAAAUGAAAAUUUUGAAUUGGAUAAGAAAAAUAUAGAAAUAAAUAAAAAGAGAUUAGAAAAUUUAUGGCGUUAUAGCUCUAGUUAUGGGGUAGAUUGGAAUACUUUAGAUGAAUUAUAUUUAAAUUUUAAAAAACAUAAAACUGAGCAUUUGAAUGAUUGGGAAAAUAAUAAAAAUAAGAUUAUGCUUUAUGCAUCAAAGGUAUGUAAAAGAAAAUUAAUAAAAAGUAGGAAACAACUAUUAGAUAAGCUAAAUAUAAACUAUUCUAGUAAUAUAUAUGCUAAUUAUGAUGAAAAUGAACAAUUGCAUGAAACAAAUUUAGAUGAUGAUCAAACUGAGUAUAAUCUAUUACUACCUCGUUCUAUAUUUAGAAGAUGGAUAAGAACCUUAUAUUUUUAUUGGAAAGAUAGAUAUAUGCAUUAUUAUAAUAAUACUCUUUGUGAUUACUUAAAAGGAGAAAUUGUUGAUAUGCAAUUAUUGAGAGAACAUAACGAAAGAAAUUUAAAUUUAUCAAACAAAAAAAUGCUAAAUCAGCACUCAUUCAGCUUAAAACCAGUUAAAGGAUCAAAUUUAUAUAUUACUAGAUAUAUAAAAAAAAAGAAAAUUAAUGUUAAAUAUGACAAUGAUAAUGAAUAUGAUUUAACAGGAAUAGGGGAACAUAUAUAUAAUAAUGCACAAAAGGAAAAAUAG